AAUUGAGGACAUCCAGCAGGAGAUUACAGUGCUCAGCCAGUGUGAUAGUCCCUACAUCACCCGGUACUAUGGCUCCUACUUGAAGAAAUGGUGAAAAGAACAGGAACUGAGUCUUUGGAGGAGUGCUGAUUCCACUUCCAUUGAGAAGAGGUUUAGGAAUCCCCAAUGGAAGCUACUAGUGGUCAUGACCAGAAGUGGCCUCUGCAUGCCGGCUGCUGGAGGUAUAUGUAACACUGGGUCUGUAGUAAAUAGUUCCUGAGCUCUUUGGAUCCUGAUUAUUCCUUGUGUAUUUUUCCAAAGGCUGUAAUGCAUUUUCUCAGCCUUCUACUGAAAACACCAAGCAAGCUCUAGUUUCGUGGAUCUGCUGCUUAUCUCCUACCAGGACCCUGUGAACCUGUCUGGAAUUCUCUUCUCUGAGGAGUAAGAGUGUCUUGCUGAUUGUACCCUUCAAGCUGGCAGUCCUGUUAAUGAGAUCAAAGGCUGCAAAGCUCCCCUGUCAUUGUCAAGAGGGAGAUGUGCUAGAUCUGUUGCAGCAAUGUUAAAUGGCUCCAACUUGAAAAUAUGCUUAUCUCUGUGGGCUGUGUAGUCUGGUGCCUGCAGGGCCACUAAGCUUGCUCAGAUAAAACUGCAGACCGAGAGAAAGAAAUGUACUGGGGGCAGGUCCACUGCUAUAAUGCUGUGUCAGCAGGAAAGAGGGAUUUGGGAGCUCCCUUCUUAAGCCUCUGAAAGCUGUGGUGUGCAGCAUCUCUUAGACUGUGUACAGGACGACUCAUGUGUCUUGUUGCCUCUGGGGUGUUUCACUUUUCUGCCUGCUUUUUUUACUGUCUUUCCUUUUGAUUUGUGCUCUUGCUUGCAGGGCACUAAGCUGUGGAUAAUCAUGGAGUACCUAGGAGGAGGUUCAGCCCUGGAUUUGCUGAAGCCGGGACCCCUCGAGGAGACUUAUAUAGCUACUAUCCUAAGAGAAAUCCUAAAGGGUUUGGAUUAUCUACACUCUGAGAGGAAGAUCCACAGAGACAUCAAAGCUGCCAAUGUGCUGCUUUCGGAACAAGGAGAUGUGAAACUGGCUGACUUUGGGGUGGCUGGACAGUUGACAGACACACAAAUCAAGAGAAACACCUUUGUCGGGACUCCGUUCUGGAUGGCACCAGAGGUCAUCAAACAGUCUGCUUAUGACUUCAAGGCAGACAUCUGGUCCCUUGGAAUUACAGCCAUUGAACUAGCAAAGGGAGAGCCUCCAAAUUCUGACUUGCAUCCUAUGAGGGUUCUCUUCCUGAUCCCCAAAAAUAACCCUCCAACACUUGAGGGUCACCACAGCAAGCCCUUCAAGGAAUUUGUGGAAGCCUGCCUCAAUAAGGAUCCUAGAUUUAGGCCAACGGCUAAAGAAUUGCUAAAGCACAAGUUCAUCACACGCUACACCAAGAAAACCUCAUUCCUAAUGGAGCUGAUAGAUCGAUUCAAGCGCUGGAAGUCGGAGGGCCAUGGAGAAGAUUCCAGUUCUGGUGAUUCUGAUAUUGAUGGAGACACAGAGGAUGGAGACCAGGGUCCAAUCUGGACAUUCCCACCAACUAUUCGCCCCAACUCCUUGAGCAAGCUGCACAAAGGAAUGGCUCUUCAUGGUUCCCAGAAGCCAACUGAGCCCAUCAAGAGGCAGCCACGGUCACAAUGUCUCUCCACACUUGUUCACCCAGUUUUUGGGGAGCUUAAAGAUAAGCACAAGCAGACUGGAGGCAAUGUGGGAGCUAUGGAGGAGCUGGAGAAUGCCUUUAGCUUGGCUGAGGAGUCCUGCCCAGGCAUCUCUGACAAACUGAUAGCACACAUGGUAGAGCGGGUACAAAGGUUUUCACACAGUCGGAACCACCUGACCUCUGCCCGCUGACGCCGACAUUCCCUGCUGCUGUUUUGAGGGGGGAAGGAUUUUUUCCAGCUUCAUACGAACUACAUCUCUAAUCCAGACUACCAUCUGCUGUUGGAUGUAACAUUGUGUUACAGACUCCGGGACAUUUCAGAGCCUCCAUAUUACACGUGUUUCCAUGAUAACCCAGGGUGGGGUUUGCAAUGCAAGUACAAUUUAGACCUUUUGCAGAACCCGAGAUGGGUGGUCUAAUUGUUUUUACAAUGUAAUCAAUGCAGUUUUUAAUUGUUUCCCUAUGGAUGUAUCCAUUUUGGCUUGGUUUGAUUCACAGCUUGGUACUGGUAAAUGCCUGGCUACUGGAAAAGAGGGAGAUUCUCUUCCAUUGAGAUAUGUUUCAAAGGUGAGCCUGAUGGGUUUAGCCUCCUGCCCUUCCUAAAGAAGUGUUUGUGAGCAGUAAGUAACGUGUGAGUGCAGGUAUGUUUGCAAGCUCUCCAUGCAUUACGGCCUCUGGGAAAGUGAGAGCAGGUCUCUGGUUGUUCUGGAGGAUUGCUUCAACUCCUUCACACACUAGUAAUGAAAAGCUUUUCAGUAUAGCAGCAGCUGAGCGAGUAAACUGCUGCUCUUUCCCAGCUUGUCAUUUCACAGGAGGAUGGGUUUGCUGACUGUACUUGUUUUUUGGCUCUGGGACAUCAGUUUGUAUUAGGCCUUGGUUCAUCUAAUUCAGGCAACAGCCUUGGGUCUCGAGGGACUGGAAGGCAAAGUGGUUACAUUUGGUUUGGGAGCUGGUGGAGUUCCUUUCUGUGGUACUUUCUGCAACUGAAGCAACUAGAUACACAGGUUUGGCAGUCCUAGUCUCUGAGCCAAGCAAAGCAGACACUUACUGUGUGUGCCCAAAUGUUGCAGAAGGAUUAAAAAAAGGCAGUGGGGGGAACACAACAGCCAAAGGCGCUGACGGGGCUUCAGUGCAAAAGGCAGACUGAUGUUGUGCAGCAGUUCUUGAGGCAAGAAACCUGUUGCCUACAGAAAGGUAUAAGUUGGAUGACUAGCAGCAAUGGUAGCUGUGUGGUGUUGUGGCUGGGGGUUUGCAAAAGCUGCUCUAGGCCUCCAUCCCCUUCUUCUCAACUUUCCCUUUCUGGCUCUUCUUUCAGCCUGGAAUCUCAACUCACUGAAGCCAGGGCUCUGCUCUAAUUGAUGAGCUGUGGUGGUGUUUGCUAGUAGAGAAAUUAAAGCAUCUACUGCCAUAGUGGCUGCGUAAGGUAUUCCAGUGGAGCUGUCCCCAACUAACUUUGCUUUCUGUAUAAUACUAGUUUAUAAAGCAAAUCUUUAAUUCAGGUAAAUGCACAGAUCUUAAAUCUAUACUUUAAAGGUCUACAAAAAUAGACUUAGGAAAAUAACUUCUGGAUAGCUAGCUGCUUAGAGAUUGGCUCUCUAACUGUAAAGAUAUUCCCAUUAAGUCAGCAAGACCUUUGCUAUCCAGAUCUUUCUGUCUGGGUGUUUGUGUGUGAAUGAUGUGACUCACCCCAAAGCCACUGAGAACAAAAGCUGUAGCUGUUCAGCAUUUUUUUUUUUUUUUUUUUUUUAAGAUAGGCCACUUACUUAGUAGCAAGGCUUGAUUUUUGGUACUUUGAUUCAGACCUGCAGAUUGUAAGUGCUGGGCUAAAAGUAGCUCAAAAGGACCAUACAUUCCCUCCUCCUGGUGUGCAGUGUUCACUGUAGCUUAUGACUAUCCUUUACUCUUCCUCUCUGAUGGAUAAAUACAAGCUCAGCAAACACUAUGAACUUGUCCGGUAGAGAAGAGGUGCUGCUGUUUGAUCUUGCUGGAGAUCUGCUGCAGAGUGGCAUUUAUCUAUGGUGAAAGCCGUCUCGGAGCCUGCAUUUAUGAAGAACAAACCCAUUUUUUUUCCUCAGGAGAAGUGAGUUAACAUAUAGACAGGAAACUUACUGAGGUGGAAGGCAGAGGCUGCAGUCCAGCAGAAAGGCAGCUGAAGGGCUCCUGCUGCUUCUAAAGUUGCUGUUCAUGACAGUAGCAAAUCGUGUCAAUAAGGUACCCUGUGUUAUUACUCACAUGCACUGCAGUGUAAUGAGUAAACUUUUUAAAGAAAACAAUCCCCACAAACUUUGUCCAGUAUUCAAAGAAACAAUGGUUUUAGUUUUUAAAAACAUUGAAAGGGAUCUGCCAC